UUCCAAAGCACGAUCAGCUUUCAGAGAGCACGGAAUUCUCAUCAGUGACACAAAGUUAGUCGAACUUAAUGGGAAUGGAGACCUGGAGACUCGCAAGAUCGGAGGACUAUAUACUCGGUGUUACAUUGAUAUCGUAUCGACGCUGUAUUACGCGUAUGUCGUGCAAUUACCCAUUCGUGUACGUUGCCGCUCAAUUGGCCGACCGCGACGCCCAGAAGCAGUCGGGAGCGCCCACCGAGCCGGACCCGAACAUGGCGAACCUGCCCAGCAGCCCGUCCGAGAAGGACGAACCGUUAUCCGGGAACCGCCAGAAGGAUCCUGGCAGCAUGACAAAGAGCACACUGCGACGACGGACAGCCGCCGAAGGGGUCCAGCCAAAGACUGGUGGCACCGAACACCAGGACACCAGCAUGCACGAGCCGGCAGCGGUACCGGCUUUAGCUGUCGCGCUGCCUCGCGUCAGCAGCGAGCCGCAGCCCGUGCCGCUCCCGCCGCUCCACCUCCUGGAGUUGACGGUGCGCAUGCUGAUUCCGCUGCGCUUGCCACUGACGCUGCUCCUGGCGCUGACGGCUAUGUCCCUGCUCGCGCUGUUCUAUUUCUACGCCUACACCAACCGACCGCACGAAGACUAGCCGCACAGCGUCACAUGCCCGAAGGAGUCCUUCUGGAACGGUGGACGCCUUCCGUCUCCUCCUGGGGAUGUUCCCAUUCACUGGAGAGGUGACACUCGCUGUGAUAAUCUCGACAAGGCACGCAACUUCUGAGCUACGAUGUCCUCCGAGGCAAUGCCGAGGGCGGCGGUUGCUGUGCUCGUGCCUACCAGAGCACUGAUGUUGCUUGCGAAAUUACUGAACGUGACUUUCGCGAGCAAUACAAUAAAGGUGUGCACUUCUGCUUUGUUGCUCUUCGAAUCUGACCUCAGUGGUGAUCUCGAGAUUAUUUCAGCACGAAACCGGUACCUAGUAUC